GUAGCGUCUGUUGUGCUGGCGAGGACUGAAAGGGGGAUGAGCUACACUGCAGCUAAUACAUGUUUGUAGUGAUGUAAUGUUGCCAGUUUGGUGACUACGGAUGGCUGUUUGCGCCCGGCUGUGCGGAGUGGGUCAGUCUCGGAGGUGCAGGAGGCGACAGCGGAACAACCAGCAGGACCAGGGAAGCGAUUCGGACAUGGACGAGGAAGAAGGGGAGCGGAUCGUGGGUCAGCGGAGAACCGACGCGGGCUGCUGCGGAGGCCCGGACAGCGCCGUCGCCUCUGCAGGGCCGAGUGACGCUGGCGAAUAUGGCAACGGUCAUGUCAACAGAGGAGCUUCUGGAGACAACUCGAGACCUCCGCAGUCUUUAGCGGAAUUACCGCCGGAGCUUUUAGUGGAAAUCUUCUCGCUGCUCCCUGGAACUGUUCUGCCAAAUGUUGCCCUAGUCUGCAAGAAAUUCAGACAAAUCCUCAACACAGAAACCAUCUGGAGAAAGCGAUGCAUGGAAGAGUUUGGCAUGAACGAGGAUCUGAGGAAGAUGGAGGCAGGAGGAGUGUGCAGCCAGGACCUCUAUGUCAAGCGUGUCAACCCACGGGUCAAGUCAGGGCGCUUUAUGAAGCUUCUCCCGGACUACGAGCACAUGGACUAUAGAGACGUGUACACGCACUUGCUUCACCCAUAUAGGCAUAUCUUGGGGCUUUGGCAGCCUGACAUAGGUCCUUAUGGGGGAUUGCUCAACGUUGUGGUGGAUGGUUUAUUCAUCAUCGGUUGGAUGUAUUUACCACCUCAUGACCCCCGGGUGGAGGAUCCCAUGAGGAGACGGCCACUCUUUCGCAUCCACUUAUGGGAGAGCAAAAAAGCCACAGUAGAGUGUAUGUAUGGACACAAAGGUCCCCACAAAGGAGACAUACAGACAGUAAAAAAGGAUGAAUUUUCCACUAAAUGUAAUCAGACUGAUCAUCACCGGAUGCCUGGGGGCAGACAAGAGGAAUUCAGGACGUGGCUGGAGGAAGAAUGGGGUCGAACACUGGAAGAAAUUUUCCACGAGCACAUGCAGGAGCUGAUCCUGAUGAAGUUUAUUUACACCAGUCAAUACGAUAACUGUUUAACAUACCGACGGAUCUACCUGCCUCCUGCGAUGCCCUCAGACCUGCUGCAGCCGGGCCUUUUCAAAGGCACCUACGGCAGUCAUGGCCUGGAGAUCGUCAUGCUCAGUUUUCAUGGUUCUUCUGCAAGAGCUACCAAACUUACUGGAGAUCCUAAUGUUCCUGCUGGCCAGCUCACGCUGGACAUCGACCUGAGGAGGCCGGUGGUCCUCCCAGACUUGGAGCAGCAGCGUAACAUCGAAGAGCUGUCUCGGCUCGUGCUCAGGAUACACGAGGAGGUGCAGAGUGAUGCGGAACAGCAGGACAGUGAAGCUCCUCCCGUGGUCAAAUCUGCAGAAGAGGAGGGGGCUUGUGGUGGUACCAGUGGGCCAGAACCAGAAGAGGUAGACCACGGUGCCUGUUCAGACAGCUGCCAGCCUGGCCCCAGCAGCAGCAGCAGUCCUCCAGAAGCCCAGCCAUUUGUUUUGCCUUUGGGCGUCAUGGCUCGCAAUGAGGUGUAUCCUCGCACUUGCAGGAAAUGCUUCUACGGGACGGGCCUGAUUGCAGGGCACGGCUUUACAAGUCCGGAGCGCACCCCUGGACUUUUCGUGCUGUUCGACGAGGACCGCUUCGGUUUCAUCUGGCUGGAGUUAAAGUCUUUCAGUCUGUACAGUCGCCUGACGGACCAUCUACCCCACGCUCACGCCCCAAACAUGGAGCGAUUUGAGGCCAUGCUACGUAACAUGCAGUCCUGGACAUCCUGAUUCUUCAAGCUUUAAGCCCCGCCCUCCUCUCACAAUAAAGGAAAACCGAGUGUUUCAAUAUGAAGUGGACAUCCUGAUAGGUGUUGACCUCAAACCUCCAGAUUGUAUCUGUGACCAUCCCAUUCUGGAUUUUUACCAUCUAACUUUAGAGACUCAUGUCACGCCCUGACUUCCUGUAUCUGUUACCACACAUGUGCUCAGAGGGGCCUCCACUAUUGAUUCCUUCGCCUCAAUAUUACCCUAAUCCUCCAGUGCAGCAUGACAAGGGGUCACAUCAAAAGUUGUGUAUUCCCUGCUGGGCAAAAAAAAGAA